AUGCCGUGUGACAAAAUGGCAGCCAGUAGCGAAACUCAAAUAAAUUUGAAAACUUUACAACGAGUUGAUUCUCGCAUAGUAGAAAUUAUUGACAAUGCGAGUCAAGUAGCUAUAUAUAAAUAUGAAAGAAAACUGGAAAAAUGGGAAGGUACUGAUAUUGAAGGAACAUUGUUCUUAUACAGGAGAUCUUUCUAUCCUCAUUAUGGUUUCAUCAUUGUAAAUCGUAUGAGUACAACGAAUUUUAUUGAAUCUAUCACCAGUGAUAUGCAGUUCCAGCUUCAAGAGCCUUAUCUUUUAUACAAAAAUCAUGCUGGAGAAAUUAUAGGUUCAUGGUUUUAUGAACAUGAAGAUCUUCGAAGAAUUACAAAAAGGAUGCAAACAAUAGUCUUGAAACAGGUGUCAACACCUAAGAGACAAAGAUGUGCAUCGGAAAGUGAAACAAAACCAAAACAAGAUGUUGGUCAAGACAUUAUAGCUUUGUUAUCUCAAGCUCAUGAAAAAUAUAUGGCAAAAGAAUCAACUCCAAAAUGUAUGAAAAACAACUUAGAUGAAUGUGCAAACCCUCUUGUAGAGAAUUUUAAAACUGUAGGCAAUAAUGAAUUAUUAGAUUCAUUAAGAAGAAAUAAAGUUUCGGGAAAUCAGUCCAUUCCUAAAUUUCCUGCUUCACCUCAAAGACGAUAUUCAUCUGCUGUGUCUUUCAAACCUAUUAUGUCCAGUUCUCCACCUUAUCUAGCAUCUAAUGAACAUCUUACAAAACUGUUCCAAAAUGGCAUAUCUGAAAAUCGGUUCAAUAAUUUGGACUUUAAAACACUGUCUUCUGAAAUCAUUUCUCCUACAGAUUUUACCAAAGAAACAUGUGAUGUGUAUAAUUCAUCUGCACCCACGAGGUUGUCUCCACUUUUUAGUCAAAAUGAAAUUUCGUCUCCCCUGUCAGAUAUUGGAAUAUUGGAAGAUUCAUUUGAUUCAAGUUAUCCACAGCCACAUUUUAUGUCAAUGUCACAAGUUGUUCCUACUUCUGUGCAGUUUGCUGUUUGUGAAAAUCAAAAUUUAGGUGACAAGAUCUGCUUAAGUACAUAUGACUGUAAUCCUGGAAUAAAUAUGAUAUGCCUGAAGCAAACUCUUCUAAGUCAUCUGGAGGAUCAAGAUGACAUUUUGAUCAAAGUUCAUGAAGCCUAUAUUUCAAGUCUCAAAUCACACUUCUCACAUAUCAAAAACUGAAGAUUAUUUUGUUGUUUUAUAUAUAUCAGAUCAUUCCAAAUGCUCUGCCAUUUAAUGGUGAAAGCUGCAGAUGUGAGCAUAUGUCAAAGGUAGUUUCUGAAAUUUCUGAAAUGAGAAAGUAAUUUAACUAUACAGAGUAGGAUGUUUUGAGCUUUGAAGAUGGUCACAUAUUAAUGAGAUGUAUCUUUAAGAAAAUCUUCAAAAGGCAUUUAAUAAAAUCUUAAGAAGAGACUUAUCAAGAAUAGAAAUUUUGUCACUUGCUUGCAGUAGGCUGGAAAGUUUUGAAGAUAGAUGUAUGUUGCUCUUACUUGAAAUAAAAAAUCGCAGUACAUUGGCAUUUGAUAUCAAUUUUUGUCUUGGCGCAAAAUGAUACUUCAUCGUCAGAAUAAAUUCAAGUGAUAAAACAUAGAUGUUAUAUGAAAAUUCCUUACUUGAAUAACUGUGGUUAUCAUCCAAUAAUAUUUUAAAAAAUUCUGCUAUGUAUGGAGAUAAAAGUUUUAUUGUGUGUUUAGUGAGUAUGGAAAAAUGUAAUUCAUCAUAAGCUCCUCAAGUCUGGUAAAACUAUGAAUGGCACUGCAUGUUAAUUCCUUAUCUUUGUGCCAAACUGCAGUAAGGCCACUUGGAAUAACCAACUAGAAAAGACUUCUGUAUGAAACUGUAUGAAAACACAUCAUUCUUCAGAAAACAUGCAAUAAAAAAGGGGGAAGGAAUCUAAAUAGAAGUUUUUCUUAAUUCACUAUGCAGACUAGUUACAAUUUUUUUUGAUUGGUAUGUUUUGAUGAAUGCAGCAUCUUUUACCUGAUACAAAAAUCAGGAUAUUUGAUGUACUGCACAUAUUAGUUAAGUUUUUUGAAAAAUAGUAUUAGUUAUGUGAUUCCCAGAUGGGCAAAAGUUAUAGACAAUUGUAUUCAUUAUAUUUUUGAUUAACAUAUGGUGCUGUGCUUGUGAUAUUACUUCAGAAGUGCUCAUAAAAAAUGACAAUUUUCACAGUGAGUCUGAAAAAUGAUUACAUGUUGUAUUUCAUUAUAUUCAUCAAUAAGAAAUGUUUUAUUAUUAUUAUCAUCAUUAUUCUUGUUUUAAAGUCACUUCUGAGUUAUUCAGUGCCAUAAUUCAUUUUUUAAAUGCUGUAUCAUUUUUAUGUAUAAUUUUUUAAAAUUAUGUGUUUAUGCAAAAUUUAUUCUAUUACUGCAAUGUUUGCUGUUCUAUGAAUGCAUGCUAUUGAGAAUUUUCAGUUACAUUUUGCGUAAACUUCAGGUUGGUAAAAGAAAGGGAAAGAAACAAUGAUUUGUCUUUUGCACCAAUCAUGAUUCUAUAUUUUGUAAAAUUUUAUCUGUUGCCUGUCAUAAAUAGUCAAUAUUUCAAAUAAAUUAUUUAAAUUUAUAUUUGAAA